UGUCCUGGAAACUGCAACAACAGGGGGCGCUGUGUCGAUGGCAAAUGCGUUUGUGACUCCGGCUCCACAGGUCCUGACUGCUCUGAGGUCACCUGUCCUGGAAACUGCAACAACAGGGGGCGCUGUGUUAAUGGCAAAUGUGUUUGUCAUGAUGGUUUCACUGGCAACGACUGCCAGGAAAGAGCAUGYCCKAAUGACUGUAACGACCGUGGGAGAUGUGUAGAUGGCAAAUGUGUCUGUGACAACGGGUUUACCGGUACUGACUGCACUGAGGUCACCUGUCCUGGAAACUGCAACAACAGGGGGCGCUGCGUUAAUGGACAGUGUGUUUGUGACAGUGGUUUCACAGGUGCAGAYUGCUCUGAAAAAACCUGCCCCGAUAACUGCAGCAAUCGUGGAACAUGUGUUGAAGGCCGAUGCGUCUGUGAGAGCGGCUUCUCCGGCGACGAUUGUUCCGAGUAUGUUUGCCCUGAGAACUGCAACAACAGGGGGCGCUGCAUCGAUGGACAAUGUGUUUGUAAUGAGGGAUUCACUGGUGAAGAUUGCUCUGAAAAAGGUUGCCCCAACAACUGCAACAACCGUGGGAGAUGUGUGAAUGGGAAAUGUAUUUGUGAUGUCCCGUUCACCGGACCGGACUGUUCUAUUAGAAGUUGUCCCAAUGACUGCAGCAACAAAGGGCGAUGCAUCAAAGGACAGUGUGUUUGCCGGCGAGGAUUUACUGGACCGGACUGCAGCCAGUGCAAAGAGGGCAUGACUGGGCCAAACUGUAACAUUGCCAUGGUGGGUGUGUCUCAGCUGGGUGUUCAGGACAUCACAGAUUCUUCUGCCACUUUGAUUUGGACUCAACCUGCUGUUCAGUAUGAGACUUAUCACAUCACGUUUACCAGCCAGAAAGAGAAGGAUCAGCAGGUCACUGUACAGGUGGAUGGAAGCCAGACCACCUUCACUCAAACGGGCCUGGCAGCCGGUCAGGAGUACAUCGUGACCAUUGUUGGAGAGAUUAAUGGUAGAAGGGGAGUUGAGAGCAUAGCUGAAUUUAUGACCAUUAUCUCUGGUCCAACAAACCUCCAAGUUGUUAAGACCACCUCCACUUCAGCAGUAGUCCAAUGGGAGGAGUCGCAGGCAGACAUUGACAGGUACCGUUUGACCAUCACACCCAAAGACGGAGCAGGGAGGUCUCAGGAAAUGACCAUAGAAGCUGGCCAAAACUCUGCCCAUAUUCAGCAGCUGGAGGCAGGGCGUUUGUACGACAUCUUAUUGGUGGCGGAGAAGGGAGUGGUCCGUAGCCAGCCAGCAACUACCCAGGUAGUUCCCGGACCAGAGCCUCCAUCCAACAUAAUGUUCAGCAAGGUGACUGAAAACUCCCUCACAGUGUCAUGGACAAAACCAAAAAGUUCUCUUGAUGGUUUCAAAGUCACCUACACCCACGCAGAUGAGGGAGAGCCAGUGUCGGUGGCGGUGGGCUCCCGGGACUCCACCCUCGAUCUAGCUCAACUGUCUCCAGGAUCCUCUUAUGAAGUCACCGUCAUCUCCACCCUCGGACUGGAUGAGAGCGAUCCAAUUAAAGAUACUGUCAUGACACUGCCUGACCCACCCACUGACCUACAAGCAGUCAAUGUGACCGACUCCACAGCUUUGUUACUGUGGCGUCCAACUCUUGCCACUGUUGAUAAGUACACCAUUGUAUAUGGCUCAGGUACAGAGUCAGAAGUGAGGGUUACAAUUUCAGGAAACGCAGCUGAGCAGCAGCUGAGCGGCCUUGAAGGAUCCACCACCUACACUGUCACUGUAAGAAGUCAGCUGGGCAACCUGGAGAGUUCACCAGCUACAACCAGCUUUGCCACCAAAAGCGGCUCAGGGCAAGAUCAAAAUGAACCUCAAGAUCUAAAGGUCAACAAUGUGACCCCUCGGAGCGCUGUUGUGUCAUGGACACCUUUGUCAAAGCCUGUGGAUAAAUACAUACUGGUUUAUAGGAUCAAAGGUGAAAGCCCACAGGAAAUUAUUGUAGGCUCAGACCUAACGCAGUACAAGCUGACCAGACUGCAUCCAGGGUCUCUGUACAUUGUGGAACUACGGCCAAUAAGGGGAGGACAACUGGCAGCCAGCAGCAACACUGAAUUCACUACUGGCACACUGAAGUUCCCAUUCCCAGCUGACUGCUCUCAGGAACUGUUGAACGGUGUCGUCACUUCAGACGUGGUGGAGAUCUUCCCUCAGGGGAAACUUGGCAAGUCGAUGAACGUUUCCUGUGACAUGGAGACGGACGGCGGCGGUUGGACGGUCUUCCAGAGGAGGAAGGACGGCUCGGUGGAAUUCUACAAUGGUUGGAAGGAUUACGUUUCUGGCUUUGGAGAUCUGAGUGGAGAGUUCUGGCUUGGCCUUGAAAAAAUUCACAACUUGACCAAGGUGACAAAGAUGAAUCUACGGGUCGACCUACAAGACGGGAGCGAGCAGGUGUUCGCCAAGUAUUCAACAUUUGAGGUGUCCAAAAGGAACUACAAACUGAGUGUGGGCGGAUACAGCGGCACUGCAGGUGACUCCCUUAGUUACCACAACAACUGUGUCUUCUCCACCAAAGACCGGGAUCCGGCACCGUGGCUCACCCGCUGUGCCAUUUCUUAUCAAGCUGGCUGGUGGUACAAAAACUGCCAUGAGGCAAAUCUGAAUGGUCGUUAUGGAAUUGACUACAAACAUCAGGGUGUGAUCUGGAAGUCCUGGAAAGGAGAACACCAUUCCAUCCAGUUUACAGAGAUGAAGAUGAGACCAGCAUCAUUCAGGCCUCCAGCCAGCAGAACAAAGUGAGAAAGAGGAUGGUGAACUGAUAAAGAAACUGUGUCAACAUAUGUACACACAUAUUUUAACAAAUGCCUUGCUCUCUUUUGGAAAUAGAGAUAUUUUUUCAUGUGUACAAAGCAAGUUAUCGGUGUGUAACUGUAUAUUGUGAAGUUUUCAUCUUUUCAGAAACAGUUGAUCAAAGUUAUUAGCUGGUAUCUUGAUAAGCAGCCAUUUGUGACCUUAAAAUACUAAAAGUUUCAGAAAUGCAAAGCCCAAAUUUAGUGGUUUUAAUUGAUACGAUUUAAAGCUAACCCAGGUAAAAUAUUUCCAAACCCUAAAAACUACAAAAGGCUUGGCUGUGCAGUUUCUAAACUUUUCAUCUUAAUCAAAAAAGAGAAAACAAAAAGAAACAAAACAUUCAAUAAAUUCCAUGAAAUAAAAAGAUGUAAAAAAUAUUUAAUUGAUGAGAGAAACUGAUACCAGAAAAGGUGCUUAUAUGCUUAGAAAUAUAAAGAUGAUUCUCAUUAAACCUUUACAGUUACACAUAAGAACCAGAUGAGUCUGACUUUAUGAAGUUUAAGGACUUUGUCAAUACAAACAAUGCAGUAUGGUUAUCUCUCAGCAGCUUUUAGAAUAGAAUGCUCUCUUUAUUGUCAAAGUAAAGAAACUUCUUUAGCAACAUUAAAAAUGUUUUCACAAUUCAAGAAAAAGAAGCUAAGUGGAUUCUAUUACAAUGUCAGAAGAUUAUUAUUGGUCAAAAUGUUUUUGAAAGGGAUUUCUCAUGUAUAACUUGACAUAUCCUUUGAAAUCUUAAGUUUUUUGUACUUUUCCCAAUGUAUAUAACAGUCAAUUGAGUAUUAUAAGGUUUGUAUAUUUAAAAAAAAAGACUGUCUGGCUGUCCAGACAGUCCAUGAAAUUCUGAUAAAUGUGUAAAAUAAAUGUAGUAAAAAGUGAGUAAAACAAAUUGAAAGGUCACAGGCAAAUCCAACAAAAAGAAUCCACUUAGUCCAAAUUAAAUUGUUUGCAUGCUGCUGCAGGUCUGAAGACCGUAAAGUAAAUAGCCUAGCUAAAAUAGGAAUGUAAGACAUUACAAAUAAACUAAGCUGGAAUCAGGAGCAUUAUUAAACUUAUUAGCAUAAUUGGUAUUUGAUGUAGAAAUAUGAAGUGGAAAGCUGGUAAUGAGUGGAAGUACUGUGUGUUAUUUCAAAUGGCUGCAGUUCUGUGUUGACAGUUCUGUUCAUAUACUGUUCUGUUUGCAGCAUUUUAAGCUAGUUUAUGUUCUUUGGCUUCCUCUCCGUCUUCUGUAAAUAAACUUACUGGUUGCUCAGAGUUCAGUAUGUCUGUGCAUGUUUUUUUUUUUGUUUUGUUUUUUUGUUUUGCUCUGAACAUUUAGAAUGUGCUUCUGACGGUUCUGAAAAUAUAAAUGUAUGUAUCUUUUUGUGUUGAAAGCCAGUCUGAAAAUAGUUUUUUCUUUUUAAAAUUGAAUAUCAAGCAAGAAACAGGAUCUGAUUGUGUCUCCUUAUUCUCUGUAACUUUUAUCCUCUGAUCAUCCCUGCUUUAAAGCUCAGCAGUGCCCCCUACUGUUCAGUUUUCCACUUCAGCUGGGCUUCUCAGUGUGUACAGAGAAAGAAGAGAAAAGCACCUGCUGUGGUUCAGCUGCCAUGACAGGUGCAUCACUUUCCUCACUGUGUUUGUCUUUUCUGUUUUACUUUGUCUUUUUGUAAACAUAUUAGUGUUUUAUGUUUGUUCUACCUGUGGUGCCUUGUAAGAAAAUACAACAAUAAAAUUAAAUCUUGGACCUAAAA